GCAACCUUUUGCACACCUCGGACACCCAGAAGUGGGUUCAUUAAAAGUACAUGUAGGAGGAUUUUGUAAACAGGAGGUUCAUGGCAUUUGCUUGAGUGGUUUAGUAAGAAUCUCAGAUAUGGUUGUGUGCAGAUUUGAAACUGGAGCAGAGUGAACAAGUUCGGCUUUGCUCUGAAACAGUAUCCAACCUCUUUGUGAUCACUAUAAGACCAACCCUCCCUCCAAAAGUCUUGACAUGUACAACACCUUAGACCCCAAAUUCUGCCCAUUAUCUUUAUUACGGUGAAUUUUAAGUCUGAUAGUGAGUGGUGGUGUCAUCAGGGCUAAAAUGAGGAAACUAUUGUCAUUGAUUAUGGGCCUGAAUAGCGUGAAAUUCUACAGUAAAAGACAUUUUCAAUCUAUUGAGGACAAAACUUUAGCAUUGGUAAACACAUAUCACUUUGAUGUUAAGCCUCCUACAAACAGAUGUACACUGGAGACAAAGUUUGAUCACAGGUAACCCACAAGGUAACAAAACCCUUUAGGAAAAGUUCCCUUUACACGUUAAAACACCCACAUCUGGCACUCCAGUUGGCCUUCCUUGCAGAUCAGUAUCAUGAGGGUCCCUUUCAUAAACCAAUAGUCUGUUUUUCCCCCUUUUUUUUGCCAAGGUAUGUCUAUUCACAGCCAUCCACUGUAAAGGUGCAGAUGGGCAAGACAUGCGUCAUAGAACUGGCAGUUGAUGAAUGCGCCAUGACUACAAUUUCAGAAAUCAACACCGUCCUUUAUAAGGUGUCACAAUGAGAAGAUUUUCAUUCCAUUCCAGGAACUAAAGUUAAUCCACAGGCAGAGUUACUGUACCUGAUCCCCCUUUUAUUUUGCUGGCGCUACUGGAGCGAGACAUCAACAAUGUUUUUGGUGUUAGUUCUUGGACUGCUUUUAUUCAUCGAUCACAGCCAAGGUAUGUAAACUUAAUCAAAAUGACACAAUUUAGCAACUUUUUAAAGUAACUUCAAUGUAAAUGGAGUCUUUUUUUGAUUUAAUUAACAAAGGUCUUUCUGAACUGGAGCCUUCCUUGGUUCCUGGAACAUUUUCUGAUGGUAUGUAAGAUUACUUUUUUAAAACUCUGCUAACAAGAGUGGUGACAAUACUUAACUAAAGCACUAUUAUUAUGAUUCUGAUGUCUUUUGAGAUAAAACAUGUAUGAAAACUGUGUUGUAGCUUCUGCUGAAGGACAACCACCAGUAACUGCAGAUCUGAUCAACUCAAAACGGUGCAGAUGUAACGGUAAGAGCAGCAUUUUUUUUUUAGGUAAACAGAAAACAAAGUAGCUACAAAGUUUUUAUUUCAUAGUUUUUUCUUUUUUUGUAUAAGCACUGCAUCAGUAUAAGUCAAUUAUUUAAAUCUCUUUAACUGUGUCUUCAUGACCCAAUCUCUGGUGUGUUCACCCAGGAAAAGGAAGAGGAAUAAUGGAUACAGGCUGCCCUUGUCAGCAGUUUGCUCUACUCAAAGGCAAGUGUGGAAGAUGUAAGUGCUCUACCGUGGAGAAAUCUAUAGAAUCAAAAGUAGAAAAACAUAAAAAUUAACAGUUAGAUGUCACAUACUUUUUAAAUAGUCUGGUUAAUCUGUGUUUUUUCCCCUCACCAUGUUAUCUGGAUUAACUUAAACCACAAGUGAAGAGGCUGUGCCAGAGGAAAAGAAACAAGAACCUGAAGAAGUGCAAGUGGUUUUCUAAGGUUCAGAUGGAUUGUAACCCCAGGAAGUUUGGUCCGAGUGUCCCCAUAUGACUGAUAUGAGACAAUCCACUCACAAAUAGAAAUGUACAUGUAGGUUAUUUCAUGUAUGUGUGAUGUUUGUGAAAUGAUACCUGAUAUAUACUGUCAACUCAUAUAGAAGCUGUUGAUGGCACAAAAACACUUCCUUCAAGACUUGCAAGCUCUUUUCUGUAUUAAUGAUAUCUCUCUCUGUUUACUGCAAUGUAACUCUAAGUGGUUCUUGAAAACAAAACAAGAACUCUACCAAUCAUUCAAUAAAGG